UGGAGGAAGUAGAAGAAGAUGAGGGAGAGGCGGAAAACUAGGAGUCAGUACCGAAGAGGAGGGGAGCGGUGCUAAGAAAUUGGAUCACCCCUUAGUUGCAAGUGCAAUGGAGGACGAGGAGUUUCCUUUUGUUAGUGUUUAUAAUGCGUCCCUUCUUGAAAGUGUUUUUGGCGUACAAGAUAUAGAAGACUUGUUAAGUGACGGGUCUUUGUCUAAGACGGAACAAAAGGAGGAGGUUGACUUUUUCCAAUUCGAUAAUAUUGUUGAUGGGGAGUGGUUUGAAGAGAACGCGGUACAGAUUGAGGAACCUAGGAAGAGAUACAGAUUAGACGAGAGUGUCAAGACGAGAUACAGACUAGACGAGAGUGUCAAGACGGAACCACAGAACACCGGGGAGAAGACGUUCCUUUCUAUCUUUCUUGAGAAGUUUCCAGAUUGGGACGCGCAGAAAGCUAAAGAGAUCUUGAACCAAGUCCCGUCAGCAGCAGAAGUUAAGAAGUUUGAAGACUUCUGCGAGUUCUUGUUUCCUGACCUCAACUGCAAGGACUGUGACGACGAUCUCUGCGCCCGCUGUAUGACGAGACACACGCCUUUUCCAUCCGACGAGCUACGAAGGGACAACUUAGCCAGGUACGGCAGAGGAGAAGCUGCAGAGAUAGCCAAGAUGGAACAAGCUCUUCAAAAGAACUACCCUACGUUCCGACCGCGAUAUCGACCGCGACGUCGACCACCUCCUGUGGAAGUCAAUGGGAUGUACAAGUCUAAAGCAAAGAAAGUCUAGCCGGUUGACCAGAACGAUGGCACUGGUGAGGGUCCUGGCGGCAGGAAAGACUGGUAUGAGAGGUCUAAAGCGCGCUGUCCG